AUGAAACAAAGUAAACCCAAGAAAGAGAGGCCAGAGUACAGAUUUGGAUCUAAUGUUUCUCUGAACUCUAGUAUCCCUGCUCGACACUUGGGUGCUCAAGUACCACAAGAGUUAUCGCUGGAAAAAGUUCAAUCGAAGGAUGGAUUUAUCAUUAAUUAUCUGCGGGUUUAUUGUGAACGCGUGCGUCAAGGGGAUCAUUUUAAGACCAUCAGGGUUCAUGGUGGAAGCACAGCCCGCAAAUGCUUAAAGGAGCUGGUGGAUAUUUACUAUACGAAGAUCGGCGCUCCUGAGCAGUUUCAGCUUUUUGAGGUGUUCGGUCGCAUCGCACCUGUGAAUGGGAUAGGGGAUAAUAACGAAACGGUGCUGGCUUUUACUGAGGUUAAAUGCAGACCCAUUCCCCCGGAGGAAACUAUUCACGAUCUCUUUUCCAGUACAGCCCCUGGCAGCGGCCUCUCCAGGCGUAUCGAGCUUCGAAGUUGUCAGCAUCCUUUCGUUCAACCUUCUACCAUGAGCCGAUCCUCCCACACCAGCUCAAAUGACAUCCCCGCGACACCAACAACGCCACCACUGCGUCGGUCUGUCACUCCAGGAGGGUCCCGCAUGACAUUCCGUGAUUCACGCCGCAAGCGAGUUCCCCGUGUCACCCACCCACCAGAUGGUCCGUACUUUCUAAUGUUGCGAGGCAGUCAGCCUCAAAAGGACUCUUUGAUAUACGAUCUCAGUUCUCUAGUUCAGAAAAACAGCACAAGGUCGGAGAUCACCAUUGGUUCUAGGCCCAGUGCGGACAUUUGCAUACACUCGGCUCCUGGUGAAACGCUACCUCAAAGGGAACAAAUCACUUUCGCAAAACUCGUGGGUUAUGAUCAGCCCCUGACGGUUGAUGGCACUAACAUUCUCACCGGUGCCAUCUACCUCGAACCCGCGCUCAGUGAGUGGAAUACUGAAGGUAAGACGCCUUUAGAUAUUCCCUACAUUGCUGUGAAUGAUGAGAUACUUGUUCAACCUAACAGCCCAUUUUUCAAACCACGGCUACUUCGCCCAGGUGAUCUGGUUUAUUUCGGAUCGACAAACCGCGGUUACGUAUUUCUAUUUAAGGAUCCUAGAUGGAUUCCAGAUCACCGCCUAGUUCUGGGUCUUCCUGCGCCGAAGGCCGGCUCAGUAGUGGAGAAUCAUGGUCCCCGCAUCAAUGGAUACAGCGUGAAUUUAGUUGAACAAGUUCGCUACGCAGAGAAGUCGAGCGACACAGACUCAUCGAACUCUCUGCAAGCAUUGGGGAAAAAGACACUUAGUGAGCUCAUCCCGAGGUCUGUAUACCUGCGCCAAGUGAUAAGUAAUCUUUUUACCCAACCUAUUUCUGUCAUGACCUCGCGACAUGCAGCAAAUGAUCCCUUUGGUGCGUCUAACUGGUCACGAAUAGAUCCCUGGAGAUCCGCCGGACUCUUUGCCCAUUUAAUACGUUCUACUGCUCAUUUCGUCAUUACUCCGAAUCCAGCUGCUCCAAACACUGACAUCGACCAACUGAACCCGCAUGCUAUUCAGGAUUACGCUAUCAAUCGCUUGAAGGAUAUGCACGCUUUGCUUCUUGAAUGCCAUCAGACUGUGUUUGCGGUAAGUGUGACCAGUAGUUCAUCAUACACAGUGUCCAUCCUUAUUACGGUUAAUGAAUCGUUCUUGGCAGUUUCAGUGUGUGUGAUCCAGUUAUUUCAUACUGUACACAUUUUUACUGUUCUGUUCCACUCAAGCUUACUCUAUAGGUGCAAUGAAAUCCCUCCUCUAAGGCACUUUAUACGAUGUGUCCUCAUGGUUUUGACAACUCUCUAA